AUGCUUCAAUAAGUAUUGAAGGAUGAAAAUUCUCNAAAAAUGGUACAAAAGUUGGAAGAUGGGAUAUCUUUUUUUUGGAAAAUUAAAUGUAAAGCUAUAUUCUUAAUUUGAAGUGGUGGUGGAGAAUAUGAUGAAAAAGGCAAUGGAUUUAAGAUUGGAAAAUGGAUAGAAUUAAGUAGUGGAUUUGUUAGUUGGUCGUAAAUCACUUAUAAAGGUGAAUACAAAAAUGGGAAAAAAAUAGGCAGAUGGGAUACUUUUACUAGAGAUAGAAAUACCAAAAAGGAUCAAUUGAUGUAAAUAUAAAUAAUAAAGUCCAUUAUAGAGGUGGCGGAUCAUAUGAUCAUGGGAGUUAAAUUUAGAUUGGAGAUUGGAUUGAAUUGAGUGAUGGGUUUUAAUGUGACUCUUAAGUAAUAUAUAAGGGUGGAUAUAAAAAUGGUUAAAAAGUAGGUAGAUGGAAUAUUCUAUUUAGAGGGCCAUAUUGUGCGGAUUUUAGAUAAAUGUAAACAUUAAUAUAAGUUAAAUUUAUAGUGGAGGUGGAUUCUAUGACGAAGAAUGUAUUGGUGUUAAAAUAGGCAGAUGGAUUGAGUUAUGUGAUGAAUUUUACGAUUAUGCAUAAAUCAUUUAUAAUGGUGAAUACAAAAAGGAUAAAAAAGUGGGCAAAUGGGAAAUUUGUUUUAGGGAAAAGGACAAAGAUGAAUUCGAAAAAAUGUAAAUAUUCCAAAUCUACUUUUUUAAGCGGUGGUGGAUAUUAUGAUGAUUCAGUAAAUGGAUGCUCAGUUAAGAUUGGUAACUGGACUGAAUUGAGUGAAAACUUUGGUGACGGAUCAGGAUAAUCAAAAAUUACUUUCAAUGGUGAAUAUAGAAAUGGGUAAAAAAUUGGUAAGUGGAUUUAAAUAGAUUUAUAUUGGAAUUAAAAUUGCGGUGAAAUAUAUUAUGAGAAUUGA